UUAUAUGCAUUUUCGGAGAAUGAGUUUUGGAACAAACGGCGCCCCGUAAGCGAUCUCGUGUGUGGUUUUCAAUUCCGAGAGUGGUGAUGAAGAUGCGGCUGGUAGUAGGAUCUGGUCUCCGCAGCCCUGCCCUUACCACUCCACCUCUGCUACCACUACUGCUGCUAGCUCUACCUCUUCUCGUCUCUGCACAAAUGCCUGUGUUCCUAGUCUACCCUGACAAUGUGACAGCUCCUCUCGGGUCUAAUGUAUCUCUGGAGUGUGUAACUGACCAGCCAGAGCUGGUGUGGAGAAUUAACGACGGACAACUGUUUGACGAGUCAGCCAUUGAGCCCCUCCAACAGAAUGGUUUAAUACUUGAGGUUGGAAGGCCUGAGGCUGUUCCUGGAGGAAUCAGGAUCACCAUCACCAUUCCUGCCACACUCCAUGUCAAUGAUUCAAUUGAGGGCAUUAGCUGUCAGGCUGGACCAACUCAGUUUGACCUGCAGGAUGGAGAGACCAUCACCUUCACUGUCUACGGUCUCCCUCUGGCACCAGGAGAAGUAGAGGUGGUGGGAGAGAGGGUCCACCAGCUGAGAGUGACCUGGACUCCUCCCUUCUCUCUACCAGGAGAACUUUUCUCCUACUCUCUUCUGGUCACUGACGAGGCCACGGGAUUCACCUCUUCACUGGGACCUCUGAAUGACACCAGCUUCACCCACCAGAUCUCAGAGAGACAGGCACUAGACUGCCACCUCUACUCCUUCUCUGUCUUCUCUCUCAAUGAUGUCGGUCUCUCUCUCAGCUCGUCCUCCUCUACUCCUGCCUUACAUCCCUCUGCUCCAGGUCCUCUAGGGGCGGUAACAACUGAAGUCUCUCACGACAGCCAACAGCUUUCUGACUCCAGAGCUGUUCUCAGACUUUUCUUCCAGAGGCCCGAGUCCUGUUUCCCUCUAAACUACACCCUAACCCUCUCUGAGGAAGGAGGACCAGAGGAGGUGAUAGCAGUCCAGGUGACCGGGUCAGAGUCAGAGAUGGUGGCUGAGGCGACUGGUCUGAAGGAGAACUCUCGCUACUCAGCCACGCUGUCUGCCAGCAACCAUUUCCAUUUCUCCAUUGAUGAUCCCAUGACAACAGAGGUCUCAUUUGUCACCUCAGGUCUCCAGAGUGUGGCAGUGUUCCACUAUGAGAAUGGGACAGCCAGGAUCACAUGUGUCUUUGCCACCGGCUCUCUCUCCUCUGGCUGUCUGGUGUCUCUGGUUCUAAACAGCUCAACUACCACUACCAUCAAUAUCGACAGGGAAGAGGGAGCGGUCGAAGUGAUUCAUUAUUCCUUAAUUGGAGGAGUUCCCCAGUCAGUGACAGGCAGGGAUCUGGGAGUUGACAAUCCACUAGAGGUUCGUGGUGAGGUUUCUGAUGAUCCAACCGCCACCACUGAUGAGACUGACGCCACCAGUCAUGUUUGUUCUCCAGAAGACCUGCUCUUCCCUGGUGUUGAUUGGACAGCAAUACCAGAGUUCACAGCUGAUGGAAUGGGUGUCUAUUCAUUUCCUGGUGGAAAUGUGACCUACAAUGGAGUGUCCCUGGGAUCUACUGCCACAUACAGAACUUCAGAAGGCUAUCUAGUUAAUGGAGUUAGAAUCCUGGAGAGAAGAUGCACAAUUAAUAACAUGUGGACAGCUCCUGAGCUGAUAAUCAGCAAUGCAAAGCAUGAGACUGGAUCUGAAAUAAAGAGGAAAUGCAGCUGCAGUAGUAAUUGUUGGUGUUGUGUGCAGUUUUGUGUUUCUAACUAUUGGAGUUCUACUGUGAGUGGUGGGACUGUACCUCAUACAGAGAGUGAGGGGCAGGAUGUCUGGCCCCACCUCCUCCUCUCCCCUCCCUCCCCCCACCAGUCACCUAUGAGGAGGUGGAUGUGGCAAGAGAGGUCAAGAGUUCACAAGACAUUCAGCUGACCUCCAAUGAGGCAUAUGGUCCAGUACUCAAGGACAACAUUCCCACCUCUCGCAACACUGCUUAUGGACAAGUGCAGCUGUGAUGUAGCUAUAAUACUACCAU